UUCCAGCUCCCUCGUCCCCCUGCGCCCUCCUGGAGCUCACACAAACCUUCUCACUAAAGAGAUGCUAUCGCUUCUCUGCCGUUCCCUCCUGCUCAUCCUUGCUCAACAGUGCUUCAGCAGGGCUCAGAACAAUGGGCAGCUAGCUGCUAGAGAUGGGCGGGCUGCUGCUGAGAGGCGGCAGUUCUGCCAGUGGCCCUGCAAGUGUCCGCAAAGACCCUUUUGUGCCCCGGGAGUGAGCUCUGUCCUGGAUGGGUGUGGCUGCUGCAAGAGCUGUGCCAGGCAAAUCGGAGAGCCAUGCAACGAGAGGGACAUCUGUGACCCACACAAGGGCAUGUACUGUGACUUUUCAGCUGACCGGCCCAGAUUCGAGGUCGGAGUGUGUGCAUACAUGAUGGCAGUAGGCUGUGACCUGAAUGGGGCCCACUAUGAGAACGGAGAAGGUUUCCAGCCCAGCCCCCUGUAUAAGUGCACAUGUAUUGCUGGAGCCAUCGGCUGCACCCCUGUUUUUUUCCAGAAGCCUGCCGGCCUCUUAGGUCCCGCCCCGCUGAUGGGCAACAUGCCAGCUGGCCUUCGCAGCGGCCAAAGCCCAAAGAAGCAUCAGCAGGAUACUACCUACAUGACAGCUUACAGGGAUCCUCCUUUAGCCUGGAAAAGGAACUGUCUGAUCCAGACCACCCCCUGGAGCCCCUGCUCCAAAACCUGCGGCUUGGGCAUCUCUGUGCGUGUCAACAACGACAACGGCAAAUGUGAGAUGAGGAAGGACCGACGCCUGUGUCUGCUGCGGCCAUGUGAGAAGAGCGUGAUGAAGACUGUUAAGGUGCUGAAGGGAAAGACAUGCCGGCCUAAAUUCCAGGCAAAGAAAGCAGAGAAGCUGACACUCUCGGGCUGUACCAGUACCAAGAAGUUUAAGCCCACAUACUGCGGUGUCUGUACAGACAAGCGCUGCUGUGUCCCCAACAAGUCCCGCAUGAUCAAGGUCAACUUCACGUGCAAGGGAGGCUCCAACACACAGUGGAAGAUGCAGUGGAUAACGUCCUGCGUGUGCCAGAAGAAGUGCAAUGAUCCAGGCGACAUGUUUUCUGACCUGCGGUUACUCUAAUGGAUCCAUCAACG